AUGGAGAGCUCAACAACUUACUUGCUUUCAGAAUUUUUCGGCUUUUUCCUGAUUCUUGCCCGAGUGGGGGCUUUACUUGUUUCCCUUCCAGGAAAAGCAGAACAGUAUGUUCCUGGAAAUGUCCGACUCCUGCUUGCUUUUAGUAUCGCAAUGGUUCUCACCCCAGUUUUAUCUCAUAAAAUGCCUGCACUCCCAGCAUCAAGUUUUGGAUUCUUCCUUCUUAUUGCAGGAGAAAUGCUUGUGGGAUUUAUGAUUGGUCUUCUUGCACGCACACUUAUUGCGGCCCUAGAUAUUGCAGGAACCGUUAUGGGAUUUCAAAUGAGCCUUGCAAAUGCCUUUGUUCAAAAUCCAAUUUCAGGGCAACAAGACUCUCUUCCUUCGCUUUUCCUCACAAUGAUUGCAACACUUCUUAUUUUCAUCACAGGCCUUCACCAUAUAAUCUUAAAAGCCUUUAUCAGCAGUUAUGAGCUCCUUUCCUCUGAAAAUUUUCCCAACGCAGGAGUUCUCUUUGGAA